AUGCCGACUACAUCUACGACUGCUGCCCCCGGUGUCUCAAUCGCCAACAACGACAAGCGGAAGCUGUCAAACGAAGUGCGCCGCGCCAUCUACGAGGAGCUCUUGUCGCGCAGCAGCGACCGCAUACUACCUCAUGGAUCCUACACUGAUGUCGCACGGAUGUUCAAUUGCUACUGGCGUACGGUGGAGCGCGUGUGGACGCGCGGACUCCUCUCUGUGCUCGAUGGCGAUCGCGUCGCCGACGUUGACUCGAAAUUCAAAGGAAAUUCGGGAGGGAAACGUCGCCACCUUCCCGCCGACAUCGAGCGUGCCGUCAAGGCUGUCCCUUUUCAUGGACGGCAAACCUUGCGGUCCCUGGCGGCGCAAUCGGGUGUGCCCAAGACGACGCUCGUACGCCAUAUGGCUGAAGAAGGAAGGCUCAAGUCCAAGUCCAGCUACUCCAAGCCCUACCCUCACCGAAGAAAACAAGCGAGCGCGUAUGGAACACGCAAUAUCUUUUCUUUCGCAGUCGUCGAAUAG